AUGAACGACGUCAUUUAUAUCUGGUAUUUUGAUCGGCAAGACGUAAUUCAAUGCUCGGGCAUCAACUUCGUUCAGGACCUUCCGCGCUUUAUGGUCUUGCUCCUCAUUAUGCAGCGAAUUAAAUACAAACAAUGGGGCCUUAACACGAAAUUCGAGCCUACGCCUGGAGUUUCGGACAAGAUUGUCAUCCCGGAUGAAAAGAACGGCAUGGAUGUCGACCUGAAAUUGGAUUUAACUUCUGACGAGCGCACGACUCAUUACGGUCUGCGCGGACGUGCAACCACCCUCUUCCCCGUGGAGAGCCAGGCGCUGUCGAGUCUGGAACAGAAGCCUUAUUUUCAUAACAAAUCUACCGGACUGGUCGCCAAGCUGUAUUGGCCAGAAGAGUCGCGUGAAAGCGAGCCUGCCAUACUGAAGAAGGUGUAUGAGAUUGCGAAACAAGAGGCAGAGGUGGUAGGCCAUGUCCCAGAGAUGUUAUGGUCCUACAAGUUCGAAGAAACUUCCACGGCAAAAAUCCGAAAGGCACUGGGACUUGAAGACGCCGAGCGCGGCAGCCGAGUCUUGUACAUCAUCGUAUUUAGAGAGCUUAUCCCGAUCACGACGCUCAGCGGGAUGGAGUUCCUCAGCGCAUGGUGGCAAAUUGCACUCUGCCAUUACGCCCUCUGGAGGAACGGCGUCCGCCACCGCGAUGCUAGCCCAAGCAACUUCAUGGUAUACCAAUUAGGCGAUCUUUGGAUCGGCGUCCUCAACGACUACGACUUGUCAUCGACUCAAGACGAUAGUCCCAGCGGCCUCGAGCGCACAGGAACGGUACCAUUCAUGGCACUGGAGCUUCUCACAAAGAAAGCCAUUGCAGGCCAAGUUGAGCACUUGUAUCAGCAUGAUGCUGAGUCAUUCAUCUGGGUCCUCGCCUGGGUCUGUCUUCGGUACGAAGAAGGCAAGCUCCUCAGCAAGCCCAGACCACUCGAACAGUGGCUGAGAGUAGAUGCCAUUGGAUGCAGGGAGAAAAAGAACGACUUUUUGUCAGCGGGGCUCCGUGACCAAGACCUGCGUCCCUCGAGAUCGCACCAAGACACCUGGGUAGUCGCAAGGAAGUGCUUAGUGGCGAUCUGGUCGCAUAAUGGCCCAGACGGGCCCACCAAAAUGGUCGAUGACGAGGCAUUCCAGUUGUGGCUCAAGGCCCAUGUGCCGGGGCACUUGCAUGGAGGCGUUAUUUUACCUGCCAAGUAGGGUAGGUAUACUUGUAGUCGAGGCAGCGUGCCUCCGAUUUUAUUUUGCAGAAAUGAACUUUAUGUUUAAU